AUGCUGUUGAAGAAUCGUGAAACCGACAAGCAGCGAGAUAUAAGGUAUGCGUGUUUGUUCAAGGAACUUGAUGUUGAAGGAAAUGGCCGUGUCACUUUGGGUAAUCUAGUACGUGCCUUUGAGAAGAACGACAAUCCCCUCAAGGGUAAUGAUGAGGCAAUAAAAAUGCUGUUUACUGCAAUGGAUGUGAACAGAGAUUCUGUAGUUGAUCUAAGUGAUUUCAAGAGAUAUGCUUCCAAUGCCGAAUCUCAAAUUUGGAACGGUUUCCAGAGAAUAGAUUUAGACCAUGACGGUAAGAUUGGCAUCAACGAGAUAAAUAAGUACCUGGCAGAUUUGGACAAUCAGAACAUAUGUAACAAUGAACUCAGUAAUAAGCUUUCAAAUGAAAAGAAUAAUAAAUUCUCGAGGUUUUUCAAAUGGGCGUUCCCAAAGAAGAAAAACAAUGCUGCGCUACAGAGUCAAAGUGUUCACAAGGACGGUAGCGAUAAAGAUUUUUCGAAGCCAACGAACUCAGAUUUGUAUGUUACAUAUGAUCAGUGGAGAGAUUUUUUACUGCUAAUACCGAGAAAGCAAGGUUCUAGACUGCAUACCGCUUAUUCCUAUUUCUACCUAUUCAAUGAAGAUGUUAACCUAUCUUCAGAAGGUGAUGUUACUCUAAUCAAUGAUUUCAUCCGUGGAUUCGGCUUUUUUAUUGCUGGUGGUAUCUCAGGCGUAAUUUCAAGGACUUGUACUGCACCUUUUGAUAGACUAAAAGUGUUUCUAAUCGCAAGAACAGAUCUAUCGUCAACUUUACUGAAUUCAAAAACAGAUUUACUUGCUAAGAACCCCAAUGCUGACAUAACCAAGAUAUCCUCUCCUUUGGCAAAGGCUGUUAAAAGCUUAUACAGACAGGGUGGAAUAAAGGCGUUUUACGUUGGAAAUGGUCUGAACGUUGUUAAAGUUUUCCCAGAAAGUUCAAUUAAGUUUGGUUCUUUUGAGAUUACCAAAAAAAUAAUGACAAAACUGGAAGGCUGCAAAGAUACGAGAGAUCUUUCAAAAUUCUCAACUUAUAUCGCUGGUGGUUUGGCUGGUAUGGCAGCACAGUUUUCCGUUUAUCCGAUAGAUACUCUAAAAUUUAGAGUGCAAUGUGCUCCCUUGGAUACAAAGUUGAAGGGAAACAGACUGCUAUUUCAGACCGCAAAGGAUAUGUUCCGCGAGGGCGGACUCAAAUUAUUUUACAGAGGCGUUACAGUUGGUAUACUGGGUAUAUUUCCCUACGCUGCAUUAGACUUGGGGACCUUUUCUGCCUUGAAAAAACGGUACAUCACCAAACAGGCGAAGGCCUUGAACCUACCACAAGACCAGGUCACAUUAAGCAAUUUAGUUGUACUACCAAUGGGUGCAUUCAGUGGAACUGUGGGGGCUUCCGUUGUCUAUCCAAUCAAUCUUUUGAGAACAAGAUUGCAAGCACAAGGAACAUAUGCUCAUCCUUAUGUGUAUAACGGCUUCAAAGACGUAUUACUAAAGACAAUCGAAAGGGAAGGUUACCAGGGUCUAUUCAAAGGCUUAAUACCAACUCUGGCGAAAGUUUGUCCAGCAGUUUCCAUCAGUUAUUUAUGUUACGAAAACCUGAAAAAAUUCAUGAAUUUAGAAUAA